AUGGCCACGUCUGCUGCGCCGCCCCAAAAGGACAAGCUUAUCUUCGCUCCCGGCGCCACUGACAGCACGACCACCGACAACAACAACCAACCCACCCCCCAACGCGCCGCACAAUUCCAACUAUCACGGCUCUCACGGCCCUCGCUGUCCCCCUCCCCCUUCACGCAAUUCCACACGUGGUUCACCCACCCAGCACUGACACACUCCGUGCCCGAAACAACAACCCUCUCAACCGCACACCUGCCCAGCGGCCGCGUGUCCUCGCGCGUCGUGUACCUCAAAGAACUCGACGCGCGCGGCUUCGUCAUCUACUCGAACUUCGGCACGUCGCGGAAAGCCGCCGACAUCGCGACCAACCCGUUCGCCAGCCUGUGCUUCUGGUGGAAGGACGUUGAGCGGCAGGUGCGGGUCGAGGGCCGCGUUGAGAGGUUGACGGACCAGGAGAGCCAGGUUUACUUCGACACCCGGGCCAGGGGCAGUCGCGUCGGUGCGUGGGCGAGUCGCCAGAGUAGUGUUUUGACGCCGAGGGCGGAGCCUGACGCAGACACGGCGCCGCAUCAGGGUGAAGCUGACGCUGAGGUCGACGACGGCCGCGCCGAGCUCGACGCCCAGGUCGCCGAGGUCCAAGCCCGCUUCGUCGGCCAGGAGCACAUCCCCGUGCCGCCGUUCUGGGGCGGGCUGCGCAUUGUGCCGGAGACGGUCGAGUUUUGGCAGGGCAGGGAGAGCCGGCUGCACGAUCGCUUUCGCUAUACAAGAGUCGACGCCGUCGGUAGUGGGGAGGGGAGUGGCGAGUGGAAGAUUGAGAGGCUUAGUCCGUGA